AUGGGCAACCCCCUGCUCGACAUGCAGAAGUACGCCCUGAAGGCCAACGACGCCAUCCUCGCGGAGGACAAGCACCUCCCCAUUUACGACGAGCUGCCCGAGAAGUACAAGGUAACCUACGUCGCCGGUGGCGCGUCCCAAAACGCAGCGCGAGGAGCGGCGUACGUCCUCCCGCCGGGCUCCGUCGUCUUCACGGGCUGCGUCGGCGACGACGAGCUCGCGCAGCAGCUCAAGGCCGCGAACAAGCGCGAGGGCCUCGACCAGCGCUACCUGGUCAAGAAGGGCGAGCGCACCGGCGCAUGCGCCGUCGUCAUCACGGGCCACGACCGGAGUCUGGUGACCGCGCUGCGCGCGGCGGAGAAGUUCGAGAAGGCGCACCUGGCCUCGCCGGAGGUCGCGCCGUGCAUCGAGAGCGCGAGGGUGUUCUACAUGGAGGGCUUCUUCCUCACGCACGGCAGCGAGUCCGCGCUCGAGCUCAGCAAGAAGGCGUCCGAGGGCGGCAAGGUCUUCGUGCUGAACCUCUCCGCGCCGUUCAUCCCGCAGUUCUUCCAGGUGCAGAUGCAGCAGAUCAUGCCCUACGUCGACAUCGUCAUCGGGAACGAGGCGGAGGCGGAGGCGUGGGCCGCCGCGACGGGCAACCCCGAGCAGAAGGACCUCGCCGCCGUCGCCGCGUCCAUCGCCGCACAGCCCAAGUCCAACCCCGGGCGCCCGCGCACGGUCAUCAUCACGCACGGCCCAAAGGCGACGACGGUCGUGUCCGGCGCGGACACCGCCUCGCCCAAGGUCUACAGCGUCCUCCCGCUCAAGGACGAGGAGAUCGUCGACACGAACGGUGCGGGCGACGCGUUCGCGGGUGGCUUCCUCGGCGCGUACGUCCUCGGCAAGAGCCAGGACGAGUGCAUUGAGGCGGGCCACAAGCUCGGCUCGAUGUGUGUGCAGCAGGUCGGGCCCCAGUACCAGUGGCCGAAGGUCAACAUCUUCGCCUGA